GUCAGCGAUCACAUAAUCCGACCUUUCUCUUUUGGUCACGGAUCUACUCCUCUUGAGUCCUGCUAUCGUCUCUGGCCGAGGGCUUCGUGCCUUCGCUGCUGCUCCCGCCAGGUCCCCAGGAACCACUGCUGCUGUGCGUGCGGUAGCUUGGACUAUUGAUACUGUUUGACUGAUCAAACUACAACAAUCAAUUUACUCAAAUAUCCACCCAUCUGCAGCUGUCUGGCGGCGGUAUAUCUCUGAGGGUCUCGUAUCCGCGGGAUUCGGAACCGCGGCAGAGGACAGGUAGCUACCCGGUGCGGGCAGCCGACGACGGACAGGAACCAUAACCACAUUCUCUCCCCUCCUCACCGUCUUUUCCCUCUCAUCAUCCCCCUCCUCCUCCCCCCUCCCCUCUCUUUCCCCAUCUCAUACCUUCGACUUUCACCAUGCUGCUUAAGGGAGCCUCAAUGCUAUCUACCCGUUUGGCUACUGCCUCGCGCGCUGGCGCGCAUAGACAGGGUGUUUCUGCUGUGCAGAAGCGCUUCUUGUCGCUCCACGAGUUCCGCUCGGCUGCUAUCCUCAGAGACUACGGUGUCCCCGUCCCCGAUGGUGAUGCUGCUACCACUCCCGAGGGAGCCGAGGAGAUUGCUGUCAAGCUCGGAAAGGAAGAUAUGGUUAUCAAGGCGCAGGUUCUCGCCGGUGGCCGUGGCAAGGGCACUUUCGACAACGGUCUCAAGGGUGGUGUGAAGCUUAUCUCGUCGCCUGUCGAGGCCAAGAUCUACGCCGAGCAGAUGCUCAACCACAAGCUCAUCACCAAGCAGACCGGUGCGGGCGGUAAGCUCUGCACUGCAGUCUACGUUGUCGAGCGCGAGUUUGUCCGUCACGAGGCGUACCUCGCUAUCCUGCUUGACCGUACGACUCGCGGCCCCGUUAUCGUUGCCUCGAGCCAGGGAGGUAUGGACAUUGAGUCUGUCGCGCACGAUACCCCUGAUGCUAUCUUCUCUGCUCCCAUUGACAUUCACACUGGUGUGACUGACGAGGUUGCUACGAGCGUUGCGGAGAAGCUUGGAUUCUCGUCUGCGUGCAUUCCCGAGGCUGCUGACAUUGUCAAGAAGCUUUACAAGGUCUUCCAGGAGAAGGACGCUACGCAGAUUGAGAUCAACCCUCUUUCGGAGACUGUUGACAAGCGAGUGCUUGCUAUGGAUGCCAAGCUCGGAUUCGACGACAACGCUUCGUUCCGUCAGAAGGAGGUGUGGUCGUACAGAGAUACGACUCAGGAGGAUCCGGAUGAGCUCGAGGCUGCGAGCUACAACCUGAACUUCAUCAAGCUCGACGGAAACAUUGGAUGUCUCGUCAACGGCGCCGGUCUCGCCAUGGCGACGAUGGAUAUCAUCAAGCUCUACGGAGGAGAGCCCGCUAACUUCCUUGACUGCGGUGGUGGUGCUACCGCCGAGGCUAUCCGUGAGGCGUUCAACCUCCUCCUUCGCGAGUCGAAGGUGACUGCGAUCUUUGUGAACAUUUUCGGAGGUAUUGUGCGUUGCGACAACAUUGCCAAGGGUCUUAUUGCGACGACGCAGGAGAUGAACAUCACUGUUCCUAUUGUUGCGCGUCUGCAGGGCACGAACGUUGAGGAGGCGCACCGUCUCAUCAGCGAAUCUGGACUCAAGAUCUUCUCGUUCACCGAGCUCGACGAGGCCGCGCAGAAGGUGUGCCAGCUUUCGGCUGUUGUGUCGAUGGCGCGUGAGAUCGACGUGAACGUGUCGUUCGAGCUGCCUUUGUAAGGCACUAAACUAAAUUGAUUUGAUUUGGAUUUAGGGGUGUCAACGAUGAUGAUUAGAUUCUAGUAGUAUUUGAGUUGUUGCUGUUGCCGCUUGUUCCUUAUUUAUUUCUUUCGUCCAUAUGAAUUGUUUUAUAUAUUUGUUUAGGGGUGUUUUUUUUUUUGUAUUUGUCGGGCGAGUUUGGUUACCGGGUAACCAUCGCAAGCUUAUAUAAGAAAUACAGCCUAUUAGAGUAGUUGUGUAAGAAUUGAUGUAGAUGUGCAGUAUGUAGUUAAGAUGUAGGUGAAGAGAGAUGAAUCAGAG